AUGCAUCGCGGGAUUCAGAAGGCCGAACUGCUAGGAUGGCUGGCACAUAUUCGUUACUUGAAUGGUCUUUGCAGUGACCCUUUGUUGCAGGGCAUUAUGCUUUCUCGCUACGGUGGCAAGCUACAGGAACCUGUCUCAAUUACACAUGUCAUGUACAGUGUCGACUUUGACAUAGAUCUUUGUGUGCCCAAACUACCAGCCUUGGCGAGUUCUUACAGAGCCGCACGCUUGGGGAAGGGACACCCACUGCACGUGGCGAUCUGCUAUACGGCACUGUGCCGAGCAGUGCAGAUUCCUGCCCGACUGAUUCGUGGCUUCGAGCUCGCGAAGCCCGGCGUCGACUUGACACGUCGUUGGUGUCGUCUUGGGCCAAAAGCCCGGAAGCUUUGCCACAAUUUCACCAAAGGAGGUAUGGAGCAACAGGCGGCUUUGGAUUUGGCAAGCGAAAGUGAGAAGAGUGGAGAUUGUGACCUCGAAGAGGAUGUGAUGAGGUCUUUCAUGUCCGUUUGGGUAGAGUGCUUUGACAAAAGCCUGGGUUUGUGGGUUUCAGUGGAUCCUUUUGGUCCCAUUGCUACAACACAACCGGCUGACUUGUGGUUGCAUCCAGCACGCCACUGGAUGUGUGCGGCUGAUGACCACUUAAGAGGAGGAGACUAUUGUGAGCUUCUAGAUGUAGCUGACAGAUACUGGCCACAAAAUGAUGAGUACCGAAGAGCACGGGCGGACACAGUCAGCUGGGAUCACAAAAGUGUUUGGUGGAAUACUUCUCUCAAAAGGUCUUCUGGAGAGAUCCAUGAGCUUGGCCAAAAAGCCCUUCCCCAAGCGGCGGAAAAUAAAAAGGCUUCCCCGAAGCAGAUGAAAGCAGCUGCCCAGGUCCGAAAGUGGCUAUGCCCCAAAGCGAGGAAGAGCAAAGCAGAACGGCAAGGCCUCACUGGCUUCCCCAGCCUGGAGCCCUUUGAGGCCAACCUGCGGAACUUGCAGAACUUUCUUCAGAAACGAGGAGUGCUUCCGUGGCUCAAGAGUGAUGACCAUAGCGAGCGCGUGCUGGGGCGCUUUGUGGACAAUCUUCGAAUCGUCAAGAAGAAAGGCAAACUUUCAGCUGAAAAUCUUCAACAAUUGAACUCGUGGUGUCCGCUUUGGAAGGACUUUGGAGAAGCGGUCCCGCCUGUGGUGCCUUUGGCAGACAUACCGGAGGAUCCGGAGCCUCGAGGUCCAGUCGGGCAGGCUUGCACCGUGCAGCUCUCGCAUGUCCGCGCGACUCUCGAACUGGCACGGUGCAGGAGUUCCAGCGAGCGCCGUAGUUUGCUGAGGAGGAUGCAGGUGGAGUUUCACCCAGACAAGAACGUUGAUAGUGCGAAUGUGCGACCGAUGUUCGACUUUGUGCAGUCUAUGUGGGAGAAGGAGUUUGGGAAGAACAUGACAAAUAUGACAAAAUCCAGCGGCGCGGCUGUUUCAUGA